AAUGGAGCGGCCCCGGAAGUGACGCAGCGGGCUUUCUGCCUCCUUCCGGUUCCGGCUUGCGGCGAACGCGUUGCGGCGACAUGAAGCUGCUCACCCACAACCUGCUGAGCUCGCAUGUGCGGGGGGUGGGGCCCCGUGGCUUCCCACUGCGCCUCCAGGCCACCGAGGUCCGCAUCAACCCGGUGGAGUUCAACCCCGACUUCGUGGCGCGUAUGAUACCCAAGGUGGAGUGGGCGGCGCUUCUGGAGGCGGCGGAUACCUUGCAUCUGGUCGAGGUGCCCAAGGGGCCGAUUGAAGGGUAUGAGCAUGAUGAGAAAUUCCUGAGGCAGAUGCACCACGUGCUGCUGGAGGUGGAUGUGCUGGAGGGCACUUUGCAGUGCCCAGAGUCCGGACGUCUGUUCCCCAUCAGUCGCGGAAUCCCUAACAUGCUGCUGAGUGAUGAGGAAACCGAGACUUAACCGCGCCAGGCAUUAGUUUUUCAGUCUGUAACCAAAUGGUUUUGUUUAUGUAUAAUAUGUUUGUUAGGUCUGUCUUGUAUCCCCAAACCUUGACCCAGUGACACACGAAACACAGUGUUCUUGAGCUCGAUAUAUUUCUUUUUCUCAUUAAAGGUUCAAAACCAAAA